UAAGAAGAAGAAGCAAUUAUCGAAAAGUCAAAAGUGUCACGAGACAACAUUGGGCUAGUGAAUUGUAUACGAAAUGGCUCCAAGAAACAAUCCAGAGGAGAAUUGUGCAUCAUCAUCAUCCAAUUCCGACGCAGGAUGCAUUGAGGAGGAGGACAUUGCUGAAAUCGAGGCGGUUAAUCAGAGCCUUGAUUCAUUAAGCAACGCCCUGGACAUGAUUGAAGAACGCACGGAUGGGAUUAAGGCUCGGCUACUGGAAUUAUUGAACUCCAAUAAGGAAAUUCGCGAGUCGAUCGUAGCUGAAAAAUCGCAGGAUACGGAAGCUAGCAAGUAACUAAGCAUCGAUUUGUUGAAAUAAUUCUGACAGUGGAGAGGGAACAGUAUUUUGAACUCAUUCCUAUUUAUUUUUGUUGUUAUUAUCCACCUCCUUGUAAAUUUUAAAUAUAACGGAAGGGGUUAGGAAAUGAAAUGGUUGUAAAUAA